GAAGAGGACGACGAGACAGCGCCGAUCCUGCACAGUACGUCGUCGAAUCUAACUUUACAAUACUCUGGCCAUUACGACAGUCCCCAGAAUUCGGUCGUGGCGGAAAACAACAGCCAGAUAAAGGUGUACAAAUGGCGGUGGGUCGUCCUGGCGAUAUUUGUCGCCGUGAUGGGCGUCAACAAUGCCGUGUGGAUCGCCUUUGCAUCCAUAGCCGAUGUCGUCCAGUGCUACUACAAUAUGUCCAAAUUUUGGGUCAACUCGGCCAGUAUGGUCUACAUGGCCACGUACAUUCUCUUCAUCGUUCCCAGCGCCUGGCUGCUGGGAAGAGUCGGAUUGCGGACGGCCCUAGUCAUCGCCGCAGGCACGAACGCUGCGGGGUCCUGCUUGAGAGUUGCAGGAGCCGGUCCUACAGCAGGCAGUUUCUGGGUGAUGUUGAGUGGACAGGCGAUAGCGUCCCUUUGUAACUUACUGCUGUGGGGAACUCCGUCAUAUCUGGCUGGUGUCUGGUUUCCUGCCUCUGAGAGAGGGACAGCAGCCGCCAUUGUUGGAGCCCUUGCCCCUCAGUUGGGGGUUGUAUGCAGCUAUGUACUAGGACCUCUUUUAGUACACAGUGAUGACACUAACACUGUAUGUGGAGGAAACGCCACCGUUGAUCCUGAACUACACAACGAAUGGACUAACACAAUACACUACCAAAUGAUCUACUACUCAUCUGGAUUAGCCGGGAUAUCACUACUUUUCUUUUUUCUAUCUCUGAUAGCUGUUCCGAAUGCUCCCCCAACUCCUCCUAGCAGAUCUCAGUUGCUAGUAGAGAGCUACUCCAACCAAGACAACACUUUUGCUAAGACGCUCAAAGCAAUUCUGACCAACCGCUACUUUAUUCUGCUCCUAGUCACUGCCAGCAUCAAUCUGGGGGCUGCUGGAGCAAUAGUUUCGCUCUUCAAUGAAAUAAUUCACCCGUUUUUCAAGAACCGCGACAGGGAUGUUGUUUAUAUUGGAAUAGCAGCACUGGUGCCUGGAAUGAUAACUGUGUUUAUCGUGGGGCCUAUUCUCAGUGCUACAAAGGCCUUUUAUGCCCUGAAUGUCGGGCUGUACAUCACAGCAUUUCUGUCUAUUGGAGGAUUUCUUGCAGCCCUACAGUUUGUGGGUAACUUCUACAUGCUCUACCCGUUUUGUUGCCAUAGUCGGGUGAGCGCCCUACCAUCUUCUACUGCAUUAGGGUGGGUGUGUGUGUAUUUGAGUCGAUGUCUGUUCUGCAGUUCGAGUGUCACAGGUUUUCAGGCGGUUGUCUAUGAGUAUGCUGCGAGAAAUGACGUACCCUCUUCAGGAGGGCAUUUCAGGCGGUCUAGUCAACUGGGUGUCACAGCCGAUGUCUAUCCUGAUGAUAGUGGUUGGAGCUAAGUUUGUCAAUGUCAACGGCCACCAAGUCCCAGUAGCUUGGACCAUAGCUGGACUGGUGUUAAUCGGAGCCAUAAUCACAAUUUUCAUCAAGCCAGAAUUGAGGAAGACAAACAUUGACAGACGGAAGAAUCAACUAGCUCGGCUUCCAAAGGUGGCAAAAUGAGCACACACAAAAUCAUUUUUGUAUGAGUUUAUAGAUUUGUGUUUAUUGAACAUCUUCAAAAGAUAGGUUCUGCGUCCAUUCAUAGAGUUCGCUAGCUUCUUUCUCAAUGUCUGAAUCCAUCUCUCCUGCCUCUUCUUCUCCCUCACUCCCUCCCUCUGUUCUUCCACUCUUUGACAUGGACAAAUAAUAUUUAUUUUCAGUAUAAUUAUUCUUCAAGAGACAUUUUUUGUCUUUGCUCCAUACAAAUCCUCUGUGGAAGAAAAUAAAUUUUUCGAUUGUACCUGAGAGUGUUGAGGGGUACUGGGAGAUCUGAGUCCAAAUGUCUGUCUCAUCCUCCUGGCUCUCUUUCUGGCAAUCCUGGAGCCUCUGGAGCCACUUCUCUCUCCUUCCCCUGUCCUUAGAGACGAGACGGUCUUGAUUCGCUGGAUCUGUUCCGUCUGGGUCGGGGGUCGCGUGAAGCUGCGAAGUUUCUCCAGCGAGAGCCCCCCACUGGGAGCCGCUGCCGACCCCCCAGAACAGGUCUCCAGUAGCUCCAGGACACUGUACAUCAUACUGUGCCUAGGGAGGGCUGCA